UGGGACUUUUAGUUCUCAAUGGAGGACGGUUGGCUUGAUAACACUGCGAAGAACAAAACAAGACAUUUACCACCGAAAAUAAAAUAUCAGCUUCGAAUCUAGCACAAGUACAAGCUCCAUAUGCUUUGAACUCGGAUAAAUUCGGGUGGAUUCAGUCGUCGUACGAAGAAGAGCGGCUCACUUCGGGUGAAAAAUAAACAGGAAGUUGUUAGCGUUGUGGGACGUGUAGUUCCGCUUGCAGGCCACUGAGCUUUUUAACAACGCAUAGAAUAAAGAAACAACAAUAAAAUAACCUAAACUUAAUUCGAAGACAGUGUUUUUAGCCUCGGCACUGAGGUAAACAUGCCCGGGUUCACCUGCUGUGUCCCUGGUUGCUACAACAACUCGCACCGGGACCGGGACCUGCGCUUCUACACAUUUCCCAAAGACACCACGCUGAGGGAGCUGUGGCUGAGGAACAUCUCCCGGGCCGGGGUCAGCGGCUGUUUCAGCACCUUCCAGCCCACCACAGGACACCGAGUGUGCAGCGUGCAUUUCGCCGGCGGGAGGAAGACCUACAGCAUCAGAGUACCGUCCCUCUUCCCUCUGCGGGGGGUGAAUGAGCGCAGGAGUCGGCGGGGCAGAGGCAGGAAAGUGUCCGCUGCGGCUCCUGCCCCCGCCGCUGCUGCGACCUCCGGGAUUGUCCUCGCCAGCGUACUGGGCAGCACAGCGGAGGGAGCCGAGGGUAACGCUGGUGGCGAGGCUAGCGAUGACAGCAUCACCGUGGUUCAGAUAGGCCAAAACGGGGAGUACCUGGGCACGGCGCGGCUGCCCGCCCAGUCAGAGGGGACUUGUUACACCGCGCCGAUCGGCACCGCCGACGAGCUGACCGCCGAUGACUCGUCGGUCGAAACCGUGUCCACCUUGCACCAGGCGCCCGUGCAGUAUGUCAGUGUGACCAGCAGUCCGCUGGACCACUCGUACUCGCUGACCACCGGCACCACGUCCGCCGAGCUGCUGCGGAAACUGAACGAGCAGCGAGACAUCAUCGCACUGAUGGAGGUGAAGAUGAAGGAGAUGAAGGCGACCAUCCGCCAGCUCCGGGUGGCCGAGGCCAAGCUGCAGGAGGAGGUGCGUGAGCGGGACCGGCUGCUGUACGGAAACUCUGUGGUGGCUUUAAGCGUUCGGAAGAAAAUCUGAUGGGUGGACAUCACCGGAGACGACCCGUUAAGAGACUCAGACUAACGGAGAUGACACCGAAGCGUUGGAAGACAGCAGAUCCAGCCCUAUUUUGUAUAAAACUACGAGCGAUGACAAUUUAUUUUCAACAAGUAGAACACAUUUUUCGUAGGCCUAAUGUAAAAAAGGUUGGCUGGCUAGUUUAUGUAGCUUAUAUUAAUAACAUUAUUGCUAAUUACUUAGAAACAUGCACAGUCCACUAUUGGCCUGCAGCCCAACCAAGGUCAAUUAUGUUUUAUUCAUUCAACCAAGACUCAUAGUUUGCAGAGGCUCGCCACAUUUAUAACCAGACAGAUGGGAAGACAGAUGAACAAGAUGCUCCAAACUGCCGAAUUGCAUGGAGUUUUUCUCCUUGAGAUUUCUCUUACAAUGUUGUUAUUUCCUUGCCUAUUCAUUUAUUAGGAGGUUAUUGCAAGAAACAACUCCCAGUAGAUUUGCAGAGGUAAUGUAAAGUACUUUUUUUGUGAACGAAACACUAUUCAUGGCACACUUAUGGUGUUAGCCAAUGAGAUUAAACUCUACAUGUUUUUCUCUGAGUUGCCUUUAGGUUGUUUUCCUUUAUUUCUGAUGCUGAAGACAUAUGUAGAAGAAAAUGGCCUUUAAGGGAUUGAAGGGGCACUCAAAAGAUGUAGUGUUAUUAAGGGAUUUUUCUUGAAGAAAUGCAUUAAGUUACAUUUGUACAACAUUGUAUUUGGAAAUCUUAGGAGAAGUGCAAAGAAAAACAUUUUGUCAAGAUAUUUUAUGCAACGUGAACAUGUCUGUCUGCCCACAAGGUUGUUCUGUGAAACAGCACCUGCUUGUUUCAGUGUGAUUCGUGAAUGGAUUGUGUGUGUCUGUUUAUGAUUAGAUGUUUCGCCACACAGACAUCCAGUGGCUCUGUCCUGUUCAUCAGUUUUAUGCUACAGGAUGUCACAUACAUUUCUGAUCAUGGACUCGGCCUCACAGCUCUGCUCUCAUUUUGAAGUAAAUUUCAGUUUGAAAUAGUGCUGGUUCAGGCUGAAUAAUUUCUCAACUCAUGAAAUGUGUGCUGAUUUUGCCCAGUGUCACAGUAACAAAGUCGACUGUGGGGUAUUUUUUAUUGUUUUUACCUUCAAGUUGAAGGGUUGUGGCUCAGCAUAUCUGGGCUGUAGUUAUCUGUCACAAGCUCUUGUUUGGACUUUUUAUUUUAGAAAGUAAGAGAUACAAAUUUCGAGUGACUUAAGCUCUGUUGUCAAAUACCAAUAGUAUUUUUUUUUAGCUUUGUUGUGGAAAAUGAAAUAAAACUUGUAUCAUAUUAAAUCAUCAAUCAUAAAGACUUGUGAUGGGAUUGAAGCUGAACUGAAACAUCAAAUCUCAAUAUUGCUGCCCUGUUUCGCUCACCUGUUGGCGACCUGAUGCUUAAAGCUUUACAUGUCUCAGUGUUAGGAGAACAUCCUGAACAAGGUGUUGCCUUAUUAAGAUGAACAUGAUAGAUAUGAUUGAAGUGUGCGACCCAUCAUUUUAGCUCUUUAUUCUGAAGCAGUCUUUGAAAUACUUCUUAUACUUGUGCCAAAACCCAUGAGGCACUGAUGUUCCUGUGCAGAUUUCAAUUAGGGUUAUUUUUAUUAUUGAUUACUGCAGUUAUUAAAUGGCAGGUUAGUUAAUGAAUUAUUUUGGCCAUAAAAUGUAUAAAAAGUGGGCAUUAGAAAAUGAAAUGGUGUCGUCAGAUUGCUUAUUUUGGUCAAAAACCAAUAAACACAAAGAUUUCUUUAAAAGCAACAAUUUGUCACAUUUGAGAAACCAUAUCCAGCAAGUUCCCUGUUUGUAUUUCAUAAAUCAUAUUUGACAAUUAAAAUGAAGAAAUUCAUUUUCUAAUCUUGACUAAUCAGCAUGAUAGUUUCAGUGCCGUGCAGUGACAGAACAUUGUAUGGUAUGAAUGAUCGUUGUUUGGUUAUUCACUUGACUCUUACACAGGUUGAUAGCAGAUUUCAUGCACAGUAGAAAAAGAAGUGGUAAAGUUCGUCUUUGGCAGUACAGAUGUUGCAGCAUGAUUUUCACCCUCUAGAUGGCGAUGGGAUAGAAGCUUGAGCAGAGGAGGUUUAGCUCCUCUCUAUAUGGCCUAAUUUGCUUUAUCUAUCUGUCUGUUUGUUGGCGGCUUGGAUGGUCAUUUGCUUAAUUGU